GUGAUCACUAACUGGCCAAUCAGUGAUCACAUGAAUAGUCAGGGGCGGACUGACAACUCAUGGGGCCCCCGGGCAAUAGGGGAUCAUGGGGCCCCUGUGUCCUUGCCCAAACUCAAAAAAGCCUAUGAAAAAGGUACCAGGGGCAUCUCAUGGGGCCCCCUACUGUCCCAGGGCCCUUGGGCAGUGCCCGAGUUUCCAAAUGGUCAGUCCGCACCUGCCACGAAGUGCAAGUGCUAAAUAA